AUGAUCGAGGCAGUUUCCAUUCCCCCUCCCACGCCUUCGGCUAUUGCGCAGUCAACUGCACAGGAUACAACCCUCUCAAGAGUGUAUCAAGGUGUACAGUCGGGUUACGUCUCAGAUUGGACCGGGAAAGAUUUUCUGCCCUUCAACGUAAGAAGGAACAAACUUUCUACCCAAAAAGGUUGCUUACUUUGGGGUUCGCGAGUGGUUAUUCCCCCAGCGCUACAGUCGCAAGCUCUCAACCUGCUCCACGCUGACCACAGAGGAAUGACAGCCAUGAAGCACGCUGCAAGAAGUUAUUUCUGGUGGCCACAACUCGACACCGCCAUCGAGAACGCCGUAAGCAGCUGCCACACGAGUCAGCGCUAUGCCAAGUCUCUGCCCAGACAACAACCACCACCGUGGUCUCGUCCUGGCGUCGCUUGGUCUGUCCUCCACAUGGAUCUCGCUGGACCGAUUCACGGCCAAUCCUACCUUGUUGUAGUUGACGCCGUCACGAAGUGGCUCGAGGUGCGACCCGUGUCCACCGCAACAAGCUCCACCCUCAUCGACGCGCUACGCGCCAUCUUUGCCACUUUCGGACUUCCGCAACUCGUGGUCAGCGAUAAUGGUACCGCCUUCGUUUCCAGCGAGAUGAAGUCGUUCUUCAGCCGCAAUGGUAUCCGCCACGUAACCAGCGCCCCAUAUCAUCCCGCUACAAACGGCCAGGCGGAGAGGAUGGUUCAGGAGCUAAAGCGGGCCCUGAACAAACACACUCAAGGAAGUAUUCAGUGUCGUCUGUCGAGAUUCCUCCUGAACCAGCACACCACAGCGCAUGCGGUAACCAAGGAGACGCCAGCCAAACAAAUGUUUGGAAGGGAAUUGAGGACUGCCCUGGACGGAAUUCACCCGCAUUACGAGGACUCGUCCCCCGACACCCAAGCCCAGCUUGACGACCACUUCAAGGUCGGCGAGACCGCGUGGUUCAGGACUUUCACCAAUAAUGGAAAGUGGUGUCAAGUGAAGGUCUGCAGGAAGGUCGGCAAACGUUCCUACGAGGGCCUCACACAGGAUGGACGACUGCUUCGUCGGCAUGUGGAUCACAUGCGCAGGUCCUCUUCGCCGGUUGACAGCACACCAGGUCUCACGUCAAGCUUCCGGUUCCCCACUGGUGACAUAAAUUCGCCACCUGCAAGGCUACCGGUGCCGCCAAACGACUCGCCUUGCCCCACAGACGUGGUCCCCGUCACUUCCCAAGCUCGUUCGAGACAUAUUCCUCAAUGGCUUUCCACAGCGGCGGAGCACCCGCCUCACGACGACGCUCCACUACCGGCAGCACCUAGGGACAUCAUAUCGGGGCCUACGUCAUCUCGUGGUAGACCACUCAAGAAACCUGUGCGUUUCGGACAUUCAGUUUCAGACUAA